UGGGAAACGGACUGGGCACCUUGGGCGUGGUCGUAGCCAUAGUCUAAUCCUCGCACCCUCCUUCGCCCGGAGGUUACAAACGGGGGAAUCCUCAGGACUCUGGGGUGUGGGGAUGCCGAUGCGUCAGUAGGCGACAGGCCCCUGCCUCAGAGGUUGCAUCUCACGCGUUUAUCCCAGGAUCAGGAGCUCUUUCUAAUGCCUCGCUCAACGGCAAGGGGAACACCCAGAAACACAGUGCAAUCUAUUGGAUAUAACCUGGAUGUGAGUUCAAUGUGGUGAUAACUAGCCAGUUGUGCAGAGGUUUGUGAUCGGUAUUGAAAUCAGUGAUCAGUCUACUGCCAGCUCAAAGUAACGAUGAGAAGUCGGUUGGACGAGUUGAGAUACUGAACCCCACACAUACUCAUCCUCAUCUUCAUCGGUCAGAGAAUUUCGCCAACAUUCACCGAUAGGAUGUGAUCGUCGGAUCGGCAAUCGGUGUAUAUACACAGUGUGUCAAAAAGGACUUGAAAUAGUGGCCAGUAAUUGUAUGUAUAUAUAUAUAUAUACACGUUCUUCGAAUUAUCGUCAGUCAUGGGGUUUUCCAUGUUUAUCGUGCGAAGCGACUAGCCAUGGAGAGAGAAAGCCGAUUUAACCGACGGUCGACGAAGAUUGACAGUUGAAGGGACCGUUUUUAAAAUCGGCGAAACGAUGCCGAGGCCGUCGCGCGACUCCUACGGCGACCAGAAGCCGCCUUAUUCCUACAUCUCGUUGACCGCAAUGGCGAUAUGGUCUUCACGUGACAAAAUGCUGCCUUUAGCAGAGAUCUAUAAGUUUAUCGGAGACCGGUUUCCGUACUACAGAAAGGACACGCGCCGUUGGCAAAACUCCCUCAGACACAAUCUAUCGUUCAACGAUUGUUUCAUCAAGGUACCUCGAGGUCCUCAUCGUCCGGGAAAAGGCGCAUAUUGGGCUCUACAUCCGGAGGCGCUAUCGAUGUUUGAAAACGGUUCCCUGCUCCGUCGGCGGAAGCGGUUCAAGCUUCACAAACCGGACAAGGAGCUUCUAAACUCCGAACUCCAGGCACUGGCCUCGACGUUUCCGUCCACGGCUACGACGGAAGCCGUUUCGAGAGCAUCCUCAACCGGAGGACUGAGCGCGGCAAACCUCCAUCGACUGAAGGAGGACCUCCUCCAGUGGGAGAUGCAGGAAAAGCAGAUGAUGGCAGCUGCGACGGCCUCGGGAUCCGCCGGCUACGCCUUCCCAGGAACCAACCACGACUCGACCGGGUUCUACUUCAUCUCGCCUGAGGCGCAACAGCGACUCGGAGGCUCUACGACGCACCUCCAGCCCUCCGACCAGCGCCCCGAAAUCACGACUCGGGCCUCCUGGGCCUGGGACUUUGCGGGCCUCUCUACCACCGCCUACGUUCACUCGAUGCAGCCCUUCCUCGUUCCGCACCAACAGUCGCUCCCCGACCGACCGGAAGCCGAUCUUCGCCUCCAGAUCGCCAAUUCUAGCGUCCAGCUUCCGCUCGGCACGGAGGAUCACCGCCUCCUCAGGACCGCCGCUUUCGCAAGGAGCUUCGAACCCUCGGCGCAGGAGGCGGCCAACGAGCGCAGGGAACGCUUUCCCAAACACCGAAAGGAGAACCAACAGCGUCAACAGCACCUCGCCAAAAUUAGGCCCCAACAACCCGCUGAGUUCUACACCGGGCUUCAGGUCUCGCCGACCGAGGGCGCUGCCGCAGCGAGGGCGCCACUGUACAGGCCGGUUUCUCCGCAGAGUGGCGCCACUACCGUUAUUCAACCCUGCGACGGAACCAAGCGAAAAAAGAAACCAUUCACUAUUGAGAACAUCAUCGCACCUGACAACGACGAUAUGGAUGAUUCUACGGCUUUCGAACGGCGUGGGAUUGCCGGAAAGUCUCGACCUUUUGCUCCCAGGCCGCUUUACGCCGGAUUUGCACAGAUUCAACCUCUUGCUUUGACCGCUUCUGGGAUUCAGAAACAUCCCGGAUACUGAUUGCGGUUUCUUAUUCACUCGUAAUGAUACGAUUUUUUUUUAAACAAACGAAUUUGUUCAGUGAAAACAUUGUUAUUUUAUCGAAGUACAGUGUUUAUCAGACAUCAAGUUAGAUGUAUAUUUGUUGAGAAAUCACUUGAAUUCACUUGAAAUUAUUCGUCAUACCGUGUAAAGUAAAGUAGAGCCAUUUGAAGUACAUAAUUGGAAUUAUAUUCCGAGUAUUUUGAAUUCAUGAAGUUAAUUCAGUUCAAGUUCAGGCAAUAACUCGAAACGACUAAUCACCGUUAACUUUUUUUUGUUCAACAACAAUUUACAUUUUUUUUUUUUUGCAUUCAAAAUAUCUACCGCCUUAUCGCAUCGUACUCACAACCUGUUGAACAAACGUCGAUUGUCUGAAAUUUCUAACGAUACAGAUAAUGGUCAAUGAAGUUUAUUUUCCACAAGCCGUUAUCUCGUAGUGAGAGAAAAUAACUGUAACGAUUAGCCAGUAAGAAUUCCGCAUAAAUAAAUAGUUGAAAGAAAACAGAUUCUAUCGGUAGAAUCUCGGCUUUAAUCUGACAUCGUGACAGUCAACCUCAUUCAGGGGCAUCGCAGUGUCCGAUAGUUCUGUUAUCUGUCCGUUAUCGAUGGGACGAUUAAUAAUCUGCUGGCAUAAUGUUAGGAUUUUAUAAUCUGUGAUGUAUACGGAUAAAUCAGAGAUACGCUGAUUAAAAUCUUGUUUUUCGAUAUUCGGUGUCAGUUUAAGGAAAAUAAAAUUCACUUUUCCUCUGGGCUGGUAACAGUUUUUUAAAAACAUCUUCGACUUGAAGGUACGGAACAUAUUUGAGUCGAGUAUAAGAGAGAAAAAAAAGAAAAUGAGGACUGUUAUAACGGCAUGAUAAUACUUGUAAAUAAAUUUAUAAAUAAACUAGUAAUCGAAAAAUAAUUAUAAACGCUCGGGUAGUAGUGUUACGAAAUGUGCAUAACUUAUUUCAUAAAUAAUUGAAUAUUUAAACGAAUAUUACGAUACUAUGAUUAAACGAUCUGUAUAAUGCAAUAUAAUUAUAUUACACAUUAUGUAAUAAUAAUAUAACCCGUAAUACGUGCAGGUAGAAGAUAAGGAAAAAAAUAAUUAUGUAUGUAUAAUGAUCGUGAUAUUAAUGAUAUUAUUAUAUGGGUGAAUAAUUUCGGUGCGAAGUUUGAGAGCCUACGAUAUUACACUUGUAUAUUAUGGGUACAUGUAUGUAACAUUUACGAAUCUCGAAAAAAAAAACAAACAAGUAGAAAUUGAAACGACGCCGCGAUGCGAGGAACCGCGCGCGUCUUCUACAUUAUACGGAUAUUAUUAUC